AUGUCAUGGGUAAACGAUAUUCGAGUUAUAGUUGGUUUAGACUUCGGGUCCACCUAUUCGGGAUUUUCGUUAUAUCAUGUCGACUCUGAUGAUAUUAAGACAAACAAUGAAUGGCCUGGGCCUGGAGGAAUUGGAAAAUUCAAAACAAAUACGGUACUUCAAUAUGAUGAUGAUUAUAAAAACGUUAUAUUAUGGGGUCAACAAGCCUUAUAUAGGAAAGCUCCUAAGAAAAGUAAAGAUAAAGAAAUGAAACCUGUAGAAUUAUUUAAAUUAUAUUUAGGUAAUUGUUUAGAAAAGCAUAGACCAAAAUUACCCGUAGAUUAUAAAAAAGCGAUUUCCGAUUAUCUUCAUAAAAUUGGAGAGUUAAUUAAAGAAACUAUUCCUAAAUAUUGGAUGGGAAUUGAUUUCAUGGAAAACGUUCUAUUAAUUCUUCCUGUACCAGCUGAAUAUUCAGAAUUGGAUAAAGCUAUAAUGAGAGAAUGUGCAUUCAAUGCUGGAUUGAUUAAUAAUAGAUCUUCGGAAAAAUUACAAUUUACAACAGAACCCGAAGCUGCAGCAGUUUAUUGUAUGAGUAAAACCUUGAAGCAACAUUAUCUUAAAGAACCCGGAACAACUUUUAUGAUCGUUGAUUGCGGCGGUGGCACGGUAGAUUUAACAACACGUAAAUUAUUAGAAGAUAAUACAUUAGGUGAAAUUACUGAACGAUCCGGAGACUUCUGCGGGAGUACUUUCAUUGAUAAAGAAUUUAUCAAAUUGCUUAAACAUAAAGUUGGAAAUGAAGCUAUAGAUUUGUUAAGUGAGAGACAUUACGGUCAAUUACAACAUUUAAUUCAAGAAUUUUGUCAAACUGCAAAGAUACCAUUCGACGGUGAUGAACCAAGUUUUAGAAGUUAUGAUUUGGAUCUUGAAGAUUCGGUGUUAUUACAAUAUGUCACUGGUUCAGAAAAAGAUUGGUUGAAAGAUAAAGAAUGGGUGAUCGAAAUUGAUUUCAACACUACUAAAUCCUUAUUUGAUCCUAUUGUUAAUAGAAUUAUUAAAAUGAUUCGGAUUCAGCUCGAUAAUUCUAAAUCUGAAAAAUGUUCUGCAAUAUUCUUAGUUGGAGGUUUCAGUCAAUCCAAAUAUUUACAGAAAAGAAUCAAAGAAGAAUUUAUCGACUUGGUAAGAAAUAUCUCAACUCUGAGUCAACCUGACGCGGCUGUUGUACGUGGUGCAGCAAUCUACGGGAAAAGUUUACAACAGUCAAAAAGCUUGAUGAAUAUGAAUAGAUACAAAUGUAUUAUCGCAACUCGCGUAUUAACACAUACAUAUGGAACUAAAGUAUCUCCGAAGUGGAAGGAAGGUGAUCCACCAGAACGACGCACUUCUCAUGGGUUAAUUCAUAAAUUUCGUCGUAUUGUAAAACGUAAAACUGAAGUCGAAAUCGAUCAGGAAAUUGAUGUUGGACAAUACGCUCCUAUUGUUCCGAAUCAAACAAAACUGAGCUUUGAUUUAUACUAUACAAAAGAACAAGAUGCUGUUUAUUGUGAUGAACCUGGUGUGGAAUUUCUUGGAGAAUUUCUUAUUGAUCUUCCUGAUGUAAAAUUAGGAACUAAAAGAAUCUGUAAACUUAGCAUAUUAUUUGGUGAUAUGGAAAUUAAAGCUAAUGCCAUUAACGAAACAAGCGGCCAAAAUUAUCAAACAAAGUUCAAAUUUAACGAUUUUUAG